GGGAGGAGCAUCGAGUAUAAACUGUAAUGUUGACGGGUUCGAGGCGUGCACAGCGCAGAGUCCACUCUGAGCCACAUCCCCGGACCGUGAGGUGCAGUCUUAACGCCGAAGCAGCGCGCCUGGUGGUCCGACACCAAAAGUUUCUCCAAGUAGAAGUUAGCCCACCCCCGUCCUCAACUACGCGCCCCAGCAGACUGCUGCGAAACCUGCCCCUCACUCACACGACUCUCCUCCUGAAGUCCAAGGAAACAGGGAAGGGGAGAAGAGGAGGAAGAAGGAAAGGGCUCCAAACGAGGACGGACCGCCGUGAAGUGUGAUGCUGUCCCUGGUGUUCCUCGUCCUAUUCGGACCUCACGUGUUGUUCUCCACCACGCCGGUGGCUGUGAUCGAGCCCCAGGACCCAGCUCUGCUCAUCGGCUCCAGCCUGACCGCCACGUGCACGCUGGGCGCGGGGGCGGAGCUCCAGGCCGGCGCCCUCUACUGGACGCUGAACGGGCGGCGGCUGCCCCCCAGCGGCCCCGCCCCCCUGGGGAGCCCCGCCCCCCUGGGGGGCCGCACCCUGAGCGUCACCCUGCUGCGGCUCAACGGCUCCCAGCAGCGCUCCGGGGACAACCUGGUCUGCCACGCGGGGGACGGCCGCGUGCUGGCCGGCUCCUGCCUCCACGUGGGCAUGCCUCCCCAGAAGCCCGUCAACCUGACCUGCUGGUCCCGUAACACCAAGGACCUGAGCUGCCAGUGGAGCCCCGGUGGGGAGGGAGAGACCUUCAUCCCAACCCAGUACAUCCUCAAGUAUAAACUCAGGUGGUACGGCCGGGAGAAGGAGUGUGAGGUCUACAGUGCCGGCCAGCAGCGCUACUCCUGCCACAUCCCGCGAGACCUCGCGCUCUUCACGCCCUACGAGAUCUGGGUGGAGGCGGCCAAUCAGCUCGGCUCCAACACCUCGGACGUCAUCUCCCUCGACAUCCUGGAUGUGGUGACCACGGACCCCCCGGACAGUGUGGCGGUGAGCCGGGUAGGGGAGCAGGAGGACCAGCUGAGCGUCCACUGGGCCAGUCCUCCGGCGCUCAAGGACUUCCUGUUCCAGGCCAAGUACCAGAUCCGGUACCGUCUGGAGGACAGCGAGGAGUGGAAGGUGGUGGACGACGUGGGGAACCAGACCUCCUGCCUCCUGGGCGGCCUGUGGCCCGGGACGGUGUACUUCGUCCAGGUCAGGUGCAACCCGGUGGGCAUCUACGGCUCCAGGAAGCCGGGGAUCUGGAGCGACUGGAGUCACCCCACCGCCGCCUCCACCCCCCUCACCGGGCGCCUUCAGGCCGAGUCUUGUGAGCCCAAGAGCAGCGAACCGCCCUCCAACUCCACCCUGCGGCGGGAGCUGAAGCAGUUCUUCGGCUGGGUCCGCAAGCACGCCACGGGCUGCACCGGCAUGUCCAUCAAACUGUACGACCAGUGGCGGGUGUGGCAGCAGAAGACGCAUAAAGCGCGCAACCAGAUGCCUCAAGACGAUAACUCGUAGCACGACAUGGCACAACUGGAGAGCUAAAAAAUGAAGAACAGCAUCACAGCCGCCCGCCGACAGCCCCGGUGCCCAGAGGGGACGCCUUCUGUGAAGGGUCCGGUCCUCUGGCUCUGAGGGUCACCGCGGACCCCGUCGGCUGGACAGACUCCACCUUCAGUUUGAAGAGGCCAUGUGGAACAGAGAGAACGGAGGGGGAGGCGAGGCGCCUCCCACUUACUGCGUGUGUCUCUGCCUGGCGUACCAGGAUUAGGAAAAGUCAAAUCCCUCUUGGAUCCGCUAGCAGUAUCUGUGUUUUUAGAGCUUUCUCCGUCUCACAUACACACGAAAACUGUUUGUUUGAGUGAAGAGCUUUCAGCCCUUGUAACCUACUUUAUAAACGUUGGUUAAGAUAAGCAGGAGGUUAUUUUGAUGACGGUGGAAUCUCAAAAACCCAUACAAAUGGAUUAUAUUCUGCUCAAAGAAUGUAAACAAAUGUACUCGAGUGCAUCAAUUCAUCCCGCUACAGCCCAAUCCUGAAUCCGUUUAGAUAAAUAACUAGGGGGAAAAUGCAUUACGUCAUGUUUUUGGAGGUAGGUAGUAUUUGAUUGUAUAAUAUAUAAAAACUAUCCAAAGAACUAUAGAGAAGGUUAUCAGGAAUUCCCCUGCAUGUACCGUCCCUUGGGUUUUAUGAUAAUGUUGAGGAUUUUUGUCCAUCACUUCCUAAUGUCUAGACACAACUGCCCCAGCAGCAGUCUGCGUCUAAUUAUGUUGGAAGAGGUGGCAAGCAAACCACGUUUAUAUCGAACUGACCGGUACAGAUUGCUUUCACACACGCAAGAGAGGAGCAGGAAAUGGCCGUUCGGAGAACAGGGAUUAAUUGAAAUGGAGUAGAGUACUCUGUUACACUCUGAACGCUGAUCGCAAGCAGCACUUCCACCUCACAGGGAAUGAGAUCACCAGCACAUUAGCUGCUAACCAUUUAGAGCUUAAGCCAACAACUAUUGCAAACGUAUUAGAUUGAGUUCACUUGUCAUGUAAAUCACAUAAUCAUAGUAAUCACAAAUCUAAAUUCAUAUACUCUCAAUAAACUUAGCAAAGUGUAAAAAAAAUUUAAACACAAACUAAAUGCCAUCUGUAAAUAAGUUACACUCCUUUCCACUCCUGACGCUAACAGAAAUAUCGAAAUAAAUAAUAGAAAAAUAUUGCAAGAGUAUAGCAAAAAAGGCCUUGAAAGACUGUUGUAGUUCUGUUAGGAAUCAAAUUGCACAUUAAUCAGAUUUAAAGGUUACGCUUCUGUCACCUACUCACACAGCAGCAAUACUCGAUUGUGUCAGUCACUCACAGUUCUGCCCAAAGACCAUUAUAUAUGUCUUAUAUUUUUUAUAAACUGUAUAUUUAAGGAUCUUUUUCUUUAAGUUAUAUAUUUGAAAUAAAUACAAAAUAAAAAGGAAACAAUA